AGAGGGUUGGGUAUCAGAGUUGAGUAUGUGGUUAUUGAUAUCUGCCAAUUGCAGUAACUCGAGGUUUAGCAAGGGCAAUAAGUUAAACGAGGUUUCAAGAUGGCGAAACUUUACAUGGCAUUGUUUCUCUUUGGAGUAAUACUCGCAUUAACAACAGGUAUAUAAUGUGUUCUAACUUUAAAUCGUUUUUGAAGUUUCUCUAUAUGGCGUUAUGUUUCUAUUUAUUUUGCUGUGAGCUUUCUUAUGACGGAGGCGAGGUUGUUACACAGGUUUCAACGUAUGACAUCUCAAUUCACGACUCGGUUGGUUGCAGAUGUAUGCAUUUAUGAAAGACAUUCUUUGAUAUUUUUACUGAGCUAGUUUCUUCGCGGUACAGGGCAUGGUUAUAUUCAACUGGAUUAAUAAUAAGAGAUGAUUCUUGUUGGAUCUCUACGAAGAACAGUUUAAAACUGUUAGAGCUAUCCAGUAUAAAUAGAGUUGGUUUAGUUUAGGUUUCCUCCUGUAGUAACACUGGAUCAAUAAGAGAUGAUCGUUACUGGACCUCUACGAAGAACAGUUUAGAACUGUUAGAGCUAUCCAGUAUAAAUAAAGUUAGUUUUGUUCAGGUUUGCUCCUGUAGUAACACCAGUGAACUAUGUAUAGUUCAGUGAGUAACACUGCAUGGAUCAAUAAGAGAUGAUUAUCAUGAUUCUUAUACUGGACCUCUGGAAAGAACAGUUUAGAAAUCAUAAAUCUAUCCAGUAUAAAUAACGUUAUAGUUGCCAUGCGUAUAUUUCACCUAGCCCAAUUUCUUCUUAACACAAUUUUUCGCCACCAUUUCAGUUCAAUCAAAAACUAUAUUAAACGACCACGGUGAAAUAAUUGGAGAAACUGCAGAAGAGGACCAGGAAUCACAAGCAACAGACGCAGUAAAUGAAGAUUUAGAUGAGGAGAAACGAACGUACAAACCACCUGUUUAUUAUCGACCACGAUUUAGUAAGUACUACACGACUUUCCAUUCUAUUUUCUCGUAUUUCAAUUCCGACAUGAUGUCGCUUGUAAUGUGUCGAAAAGUUACUCAAUAUAGAUUUUUGGUUUAUAUUCAUAUCAAUGUUUGAAUAUGCCCCUUUGAAAAAUUAUUUGCUGGGCAAAAAUAUAUUUAACUAAAGUUCGUCUGGUGUUAGGCAAAUAGCUUAAUUAGUUUAUUCUUCAAUACAAUUAAUGUGUCAAUUUCACUACAUGAGAGUGUUGUUUUUUACUCGAUUGUAAAGCAUAAUAUUUUCUCACGCUUUUUAAGACAAACUCCCCCACCAUCCCUUCCCUCCCCCACAUAAACACGUUAAAAUGUACAAACACGCACCCUCUAUACAACUCAACUACCGUAUGAGUUUCACGAUCAAACAAACACUUCAGCCAACAGUUUAACUGAAAAAUGUAACGAAAAACCCUUCCAUGCGAUGGUAAAUUGAAGUAGAAAUUUUAAGACCAAGUACAUGCAAAAUGUAAAUAUACAGAGCGAGUCGCAAUUAUUAGUUAAUGGAAGCCAAUUUACGCCUACAGUUCAAGCCAUUAUAGUUAGCAAAAGAGCUCUUGGGAACAACUCUUUAAAGCUGUUACCGCUUCUCCUCAAUAUCAAAACCAAAGAAACGUUUCUGAAAGAACAUUAGAUACUCGAGUUUUCGACCUUUUUCAAAAGUUGGAUCCGGUUUCCACACCCGUACCGUAGCUUUGCAUUUGCGCUAAUAAUAUUAGUAAUUAUGAAGAUCAGCUUUGCAGUAUAAAUACGCGUAUUUUUCACAAGCCAAUGCAAGAGUUUUAUCGCCAUGCAAGCUUUCAAACUCAAAGAACUUACUAAAUGUAUUCUGGCCAAGAUUGUUAUUUUCCAUCGCGUCACAGAGAGGUCCUUUUAUAGAGAAAUGGUUCCGCAUGCUUUGCGCAAAGUCAUUUGUCUCCCAUGGAAACAUAUCAAAGAUUUUAUAUUUCUCGUUGAACUGCGCGCGAGAAUUUCUAUACCACUAGACUGACUUGUUGUUGAGGUCUGUCGACAUUUACAAGGAAGAAUAUUUAAAACAAAAAUAUCUCUCCCUCCAACGUUGAUGAUCGUAAUGUAAAUGUGAUUAAUGGAUUGUGAAAUGUAAUAUUGGACGGGGGGGGGGGGAGGGUACUGGACUAUCUGUACUAUAUAUGAGUGUUGGCAAUGUGAAACGAUGUUUCAAUGACGAUUUGUAACGCAAAUGAUGUCACAUAAAAUAUGAUUGGUGGUUCCGUGAUGCGUUGAGCCUAGUUUACACUAUCAAUAAAGUUUCUGUGAUCACAGUUGGAAUUUUGCAUAGCUAAAUUCUAAGUUUUGAAGGAUUUUUAAAAAAUGUUUGAGGAAACAGACUUAACGUUAAACACUGAUUCAGUUUCCUCAAACAUUUCUUACAAAUCCUUCAAAACUAGAAUUUACCCAUGCAAAAUUCCUACUGUGAUCACAGAAACUUUGAUAGUCUAAACCCGACUUAAGGUAAUUCCGCAGUUAUGCAUUGCGCACUUCUAUUGCGCACAUCUUAUAACUUAUAAUUUCAUCCAUUAUACUUACCGUUUAAAACAAUAUGACAAUUUUAUGUUGCUUCAAAACAUCUUUGGUUACAUUCGUGCAAAGAAUUACGUUAAAAUCAAUCCUUUCAAAAAAGGCAUACAAAAGUGUAGCUAGGGUUCGCUGUGUCGUUUUAAUGCCACAAUUCCCUAAAAAGAUCGGUGACCCCCGUUUUUUAACUGAUAAUUUAUUUCUUUAAUGCAUUUUACAUUUCAUAUCCGAAAUUAAAAGAAAACUCAUUUCUGGAUCUUGAAAAAAAAUCCUAUAUCAAUGCAUGUUCUCAAAGAAAGUUCUUAACGAGUUCGGUGACCCCGACUUUUUAUGCCUGGGAAGUUUCAGCACAUUCUCAUGUCGGGAACAAUUACUGCGGAAUUACCUUAACGAAUCGUUGUUGAAACAGACCACCAAUUUUUAAUUCUGUUUUUUUUUCUCAUCAGGCUGUGGUAAUGUCCCCUACUCUCCAAGAAGGGAGGUGUGUUGUUGCGGCAAGAAGUAUACAAGAAAAUACAGCAGCUACGGACCUUACAGACGCUUGCAGUGGAAAUGUUGUGGCUAUCAAUUAAUGGAUGGAUAUCUCAGUAAAUGUUGUCCAUACGCGACUGUUAUCUCGAAGAAAUAUAAAUGUCCCAAAUCUAAACUAUGAACAAGCUUAGCUCCUAAAGCCAAAAACUUGACUUGGUCGGAGACCAUGUGAUAUUGUUGAUAAAGUAGUGAACUAGAUUAUAUUGCAAACGAUUACAGAUAGGUCAGAGGCAAAAAUGCGAUCUGUGGGUUCCAGUGUGGGUGGAAAGGAUUCAAAAUGCGAGCACUGCAGAAGAUUCAACUACACACGUAAAACGCACAGUUUGUAACAACUCUGCAAACAAAUUGUUACAACUCUGUUCAGAAGCUGUCGACAAGUUGUCUUCACACUGCUUGUUCCAAGCUUGAUGGCAUUAUCAGACUUGUUUCAAGACUAUGCAAACAAGUUUGUUACAGCCAUGAUAUAACAAGGAUGUUACCAGUUUGUCGACACAAGGUUGUAACAGUCUUGUUAUAUCAAGCAUGUAACGGACUUGUUAGAACAACUUUGCAACAAGUCUGAUAAUUUCGACAAGGUUGUUACAAGUUGUCAACAAGGUUGUUCCAAACCUAAUGACAACUUGUGACAAGCAAUGUGAAUACAUCUUGUUGACGGCUUGUUGGCAGACUUGUUACAAGAUGUGAGAUUUUUGCGUGUGUAGUUGUUCACUGCUAAGCUUAGAGCUUGGUUUACAUUCGUAGCUGUCGUGAGCAAGUCAUGUUCGUCGAUGUGAAACAGUGUAGAUCAAUCUUGUCUUUUUGUGUGCUGUAUGCAAAUCAAUCUUUACUGAUUUCAUAAAUAUUGACAUUCUGUUGCAUUGGUAACUUUGAUGUGUUUACGACAGUUACAACUAAAUGGAAACCAGUAAUAAGUAGUGGAUGUUAAAUGGACAAAUGGUAUAUGUAUAAAAUUAAAUUAAAGAAUAAAAUUUUACAGGAGUCAUGUAAUAUUUUUAUCUAGA